CUACUUAAUCGACCCAUAACUAUACCUAGGCAUCACUAAUUCUACUCUUUUUUUCUUCUUUUUCUCUCUCUCUCUCUCUCUAUCCUCCUCAUCCUCAACCUUUUCUCAGUCCGAUUAUCCCCCCCUCAAUCUUUCCCUCAUCAUGGAGAUGGUUCAGACUUUAGUACGCUCUGUCGUACGCGCUUUCUAUACUAACCCCGAAGACCGUAGAAUGAUACUCAUCAUUGAUGCCCUGGUUCGCCAUACCACUCUUCGCGACAACGACUUGUCCUAUUUGAUGCACCUCAACACAAAGGAUUUGCACAGAAUAUGCGGCAAGCUAAGGGAAGAUCACUUACUGCAGAUCCAUUUGAGACCCGAGAUCCGGGAAGGCAAAGACAAACCUCAGAAUCGCAUCUACUAUUACAUCGAUUACCGUCAAGCCAUUGACGCCAUCAAGUAUAGAACUUUCCUACUCGACAAGAAAGUCCAGGGCGAGGCUACCCCCCAGCAGGAGAAGAAGGAAUACUUUUGCCCUCUCUGCAAGGCCGAAUGGACUAUGCUAGAUGUUGUUGACAACAACGACCCCGUCCGAGGUUUCCUAUGUCACCGUUGCAAUACAGUUUUGAUCUUCGACCCCGAUCGCGAGGCCGGUGGCCACGAGCUCUCCACUCGACUAAACAGUCAGAUUAAAUUCAUUAUCGAAGUCCUACCUAAGCUCGAUGCCGUUACUAUUCCUGACGUCGACUUCGAGACUUUACUAUCCCAAGCCGCCCCCGUCUUCCGCGACGAAGCCAAUAAGAUCGCCCCUUCGGUCGUCGCCGAAUCUCUUGCGAAACCAACCGCCGUCAGGGGUAUGGCGAACACUGGCCCCCAGAGUAUUGCGAUUAGCAUUACGGACACGGAUGGCCCAACUGACGCCGAGAAGGAAGCCGAACGCGCCCGCAAGGAGGAGGUUGCUCAGAUGAACGCGCUACCGGAGUGGCAUACACGCAGCACCGUCUCCGGUCUGUCGUUUGGAGGUGCCAACUCGACCUUGGCAGUCAAGGACGACACCAGCGAUAAGAAGCCGGACGAAUUAGUCGGCGACGCUUCGCACGACAAGGCUAUGGAGGAGCUAUUCAAGAGCUUACAGAAGUCCCGAGAUGAGGAAGCAAGACGAAAGGCUGAGCAAGAAGCCGAGGAGGAGGAUGAGGACGUGGAGGAGAGCGAGGACGAAGAGUUUGUGGAAAUAUCCGCGAACGUCAGCUCGACUGGCGACAAGCGCCCCGCGUCUAGUGGCCCUACUAGCGCCGCAGAUACACCCGCAUCAGAAGAUAGACCUUCCAAGAAGGUCAAGCUGGAGGAACCAGUGAACCGGGGUGGUGAUAGCGAGGACGAGGAUGACGUACAAUUCGAGGACGUCUGAACGAAACUAAUAAGAUUUUAUGCGCGGGCGUGGGCGUGUGCGUAUUCGGUUUGCAGGCACCAGGGUCCAUGGAAAGGGAGGGGGUUACGAUACCAUAAAUAUAUAUUCACUAUUACCUAUAUACAUCGGGCAAGGCGUCCAAACAGAAAAAAAGGAUAAUAAAUAUUUUGCAUUUAUAUCUUGAGAGAAUUCACUGGGUGGUAGUAGGGAGGUGUGAAAUGGGAAGAGAAAAA